AUGGUAUCGCGCUGGGCAAACGACGAAGAUCAUGCCGCGAUAGAAGCUCAACGGAAAAGAGAAAAGGAGGAAAAGAAACGCGCAAAGGCCGAAAAGCUGCGCCAGCAAGAAGAAGCCGACCGACAACGACAACAGCAUGCCGCAGAGGAAGCAGACGACCGACCAUCAAAACGAAGACGUCUAUCGCCAACUCAAGAAGCAGAUCAACCUCGUCAACUCGUCCGAUUCCACGCGCCAUCAUGGCAGCCCGCCCGUACCAUCGACAGCUUCGAGCGACUGAACCACAUUGAAGAGGGCAGCUAUGGCUUCGUGUCGCGAGCAAAGGAAUUGGCUACAGGGGAGAUUGUCGCAAUCAAGAAGAUGAAGAUGGACCCCGGCUCUGCACAAAAUGGCUUCCCUGUCACGGCUCUGCGAGAGAUUCAGACAUUAUCCGCUGCAAAACACCGCCAUAUCGUUGAUCUGAGAGAAGUCGUGGUUGGUGAGAAGGGCAAUGUAGAUGACAUUUUCCUGGUUAUGGACUUCUUGGAACAUGAUCUUAAGACGCUCAUGGAUGACAUGGAGGAGCCGUUUUUGCCUAGUGAAGUCAAGACUUUAAUGUUGCAGCUUGGGAGUGCUAUCGAGUUCUUACACGAUAGGUGGAUUUUACAUCGUGAUUUGAAAACAUCAAACAUCCUCAUGAACAACCGCGGUGAAAUCAAGAUUGCCGACUUCGGUAUGGCAAGAUUCUGUGGAGACCCUCCGCCGAAGAACCUCACACAACUUGUCGUCACACUCUGGUAUCGAGCUCCUGAACUUCUACUUGGAACGACGACAUACGACAGUAGCGUCGACAUGUGGAGUGUUGGCUGCAUCUUUGGCGAGCUUCUCACGAACGUUCCAUUGCUUCAAGGCAAGAACGAAGUAGACGAGCUAAGCAAGAUCUUCGAGCUUUGCGGCGUACCGACGGACGCUUCAUGGCCUGGCUUCAAACGACUACCCAAUGCUCGAACGCUACGACUGCCGAGGAAUGCUCAAACAACUGGCUCUGUGAUACGAUCGAAGUUCCCCUUCCUCACAAAGGCUGGCACUGAUCUGCUUUCCGCGCUUCUAUCCUUGAACCCGGCCAACCGACCUUCAGCGAAAGAGUUGCUGGAUCAUUCAUACUUUGCCGAGGAUCCGAGACCGAAGAGUACAGCCAUGUUCCCUACAUUUCCCAGCAAGGCCGGUCAAGAGAGGAGACGGAAGCAUAGAACUCCUAAUGCGCCUAUGCGUGGUGAGCAUGGUGCUGGAGCUGCAGAUUUUAGUGGGCUGUUCGCUGGACGAGACGAUGAGGAGAUUGGAGGUGGUUUCCAGCUCAAGCUGGUAUGA